AUGGCCGCCGUCGCUCAGAAGUCCGCCUUCCUGGCAGCACCUGCUCUCUCCUCCAUGGAGACGGCACGCUCAGUGUCGAUGUCGGUCUCGCUCCCAGCGAUUCAGGCCAAGCAGCAGCGUCGGUCACUCGUCGCUGUCGCGGCCUUGACCGCUCGCGACCUGCAGAGCAAGUCACUGGAGCAGCUGCGCGCCAUGGCCCGCAUGAAGGGCAUCACUGGCAACAACAAGGCCCAGCUCAUCUCCGCCCUCACUGGUGGUGCCGUCGCAUCCAAGCCCUCGCCGUACGCUAGCGUCGCCGCUGUCUCCGGCGACGAGGCGCUCCUGCAGAGCAAGACUCUGGGUGAGCUGCGCGCGCUCGCCUCGGCCAAGGGUCUCCGUGGCGACACCAAGGCUGAGAUCAUCAAGCUGCUCCUGAGCGUCGGCGGUGUCACCCCCGCCCCCGCAGCUCCCGCCAUGUCCUUCUCCGCGGAGGCGCUCUCCCCCGUGGUCCCCACGACCCAGUCCGUCUCCGACUACCAGCGCCGCCUCCAGACCAAGCCUAUGUCCAAGCUGCGCGCCGUUGCGCGCAUGCGCGGAGUCUCGGGGACCACGCGCGCGGAGCUGGUCGCGGGGCUUCUCUCGUUCCACGGCGGUGCUGGCGCUGUUGGCGCUUCCCCCUCCGCGGUGCAGGGUUUCGCGCAGGACAAGCCCGAGAUUGUCGGCCAGCUAGAGAGCCUCGCGUUGAGCGAGCUGCGAGCGCUCGCUAAGGCGCGGGGAGUGCGCGGAGACACCCGCAAGGAGCUUAUCAAGCUGCUGACUGGCUCCGCCGCCCCCAAGGCUGCUGCCGCCGCUUCCUACACCAACGGCAGCGCCGUGGCCUCCGCGAGUGUCCUCGCCACGAAGUCGCUGGCGCAGCUGCGCGCCAUCGCCGCCCAAAGGGGUAUCCGCGGUAACACCAAGCAGGAGCUGGUGAAGGCUCUGUCCUCGUAA